AUGAUAGAAAAGAGGAAAGAGCAUGACAAGUUCAAGGUCGUGGAUUCCGGAAAGAGACCUUUGGAGAAUACUGUUGAGGAGGUGCUAGAGCAGCUUAAAACAGAGGUGGUGGAAGACCAAGUGGAGAAUACUGAAGCUAAAAUGGAAAUGGAUGAGCAGCCUCUAGAGAAGGACCAGGUCGAGCCAAAAGUGGAGAAUACUAGAGAGAAAUGUGAAGAAGAUCAUGAAGAGAAGAAUAGAUUUGAGGCGGUGGAGAAUGAAACAGAGAAGACUGUAGAGACACCGAACGAGGAGGUGUGGGAGCCGGUGUUGGAGUCGACAGUCACUAUGGUGAUACACUAUACAGUCCCAGAUACAACUUAUGAGGACAUUAUGCAGAUAGCUCAUGAGGCUACUACAGCUGCUAAUGCCGUGGAAGAAUACCCACCUACAAGGGAGGAAGUUCUACAGACGACUACUCAUGAUGUGGUGGAGCCGUUGGAUCAACUUGCAGAGAUGGGAAUGUUGCCUACAGACGAGGAGUUGGUAGAAGCGGCUUGUAAGAGCGCUGAGAGGAGUCAGAUGUGA